AUGAAAUCCUGCAAGAGCCUCAAGGAAGAGGUUUCUGUCCCCAGCCUUGGCGGGAUGUCACAGGAGGAAGGACGCAGGGCGCCGGUGUCCCAGUCUUAUUUUCACUCCCCUAACCCAGAUCUGGACCUGGCGGGCAAGCUUUAUAAGAGGGAGGUUGGUGGUAAGCCGUAUUCUGUGUUAGUGGACAAUAAAAUGGCAGCCAAGACAUCCAUGGGAGAUCAGAACAUUGGUCAGUUGCCCACUCAACAUGUGACUCCACAGCAGCAUCAGCAGUAUUUUAGAGAGGGAGGAGCAGGGCAGGAGGUGGGGAGGUCUCAGGCCGGCAACGACGGUACCUCUGAUGACACCGACGAUGAUGACGACGAUGAGGAAGAAGAGGAUGACGAUGAGGAUGGGGAGGAUGAGGGCUUCAAGCGUGAGCAGAUCAUUGUCGAGGUUAACCUGAACAACCAGACGCUUCAUGUAUCCAAGGGGGACAACAAAACUGGAACCACAGCGGAUGAAUCUGAGAGAGCUGGCAGCGACGACGACGACGACGAUGACGACGACGAAGAAGAGGAAGAGGAGGAGGAGGACAGCCUCGAUGAAGAAGACGAUGAAGACGACGAGGAAGAUGAGAUUGAGAGUCGAAGAACGAGGUCAAAGAGGGCCCGUCGUGGUGCGAGUAGCGCAGCAGCUUCCAGCCAGCCACGGAGGAAAAGCCUCCGAACAGCUCUGAGCACUGCUGCCGCUGGGAUGACCACCAGGGGCCGGCGGAAGCGCAUAGAGCCUCCAAAGAGCAAGCGCAGAUCAGCCAGAUCAGCCCCAUCGUCUGCCGGUUCCACGACCACGACGACGGGAGGGAAGGCAGAGGUAGAGGAGAAGGAGGUGCUGGCAUGUGAAAAGUGCCCCCGAGUGUUUAACACGCGCUGGUACCUGGAGAAGCACAUGAAUGUGACACACCGGCGAAUGCAGAUUUGCGACAAGUGUGGCAAAAAGUUUGUCCUGGAGAGUGAGCUGGCCUUACACCAGCAGACUGACUGUGAGAAGAACAUCCAGUGUGUCUCCUGCAACAAGUCUUUUAAGAAGCUGUGGUCACUGCAUGAGCACAUUAAGAUUGUGCACGGCUAUGCGGAAAAGAAGUUCUCAUGCGAAAUCUGUGAGAAGAAGUUCUACACUAUGGCUCACGUCCGUAAGCACAUGGUUGCUCACACUAAGGACAUGCCAUUCACCUGUGAGACGUGUGGGAAGUCGUUCAAACGCAGCAUGUCUUUGAAAGUUCACUCGCUCCAGCAUUCUGGAGAGAAGCCCUUCCGUUGUGAGAACUGUGACGAGCGGUUCCAAUACAAGUACCAGCUGCGCUCCCACAUGAGCAUUCACAUCGGACACAAGCAGUUCAUGUGCCAGUGGUGUGGCAAAGACUUCAACAUGAAACAGUAUUUUGAUGAGCACAUGAAAACACACACAGGAGAGAAGCCUUUCAUAUGUGAGAUCUGCGGGAAGAGCUUCACCAGCCGGCCCAACAUGAAGCGCCACCGCCGUACCCACACCGGGGAGAAGCCCUAUCCCUGCGAGGUGUGCGGCCAGCGCUUCCGCUUCUCCAACAUGCUCAAAGCACACAAAGAGAAGUGUUUCCGCGUCACCAGCCCUGUGGUCCUGCAGACCAGCGGCCCACCUGUGCCUGUCCGCAUCUUUGCCAACACCUUCUCCUCCUCUUCCUCCAUCUCUGGUCCCAGUCCCUCAGCCGCCGCCCCAGCCACCACCUCAGCACCCCUGGGCCUCAACCCGACAGGAGCGCCCGUGCCUCCACGAGGCCCCGUGGGACACACGUUCUCCCACGUACAGCUCCACUCAAACCCGUCUCACCAUCACCCCCACCCGACAACAACCCAGCAGCACCUCUCAAACACACCCCAACACGCCCCACCUCUCCCCCACCACCACCUGGCCGUGCCCGCAGUCUCCCACUUGCCCCCGCCCCCGGCCCUUUUCAAGAGCGAGCCCUUAAACCACUGUGGGCACGAAGACAGCAGCUACCUGCACCACAUGGCUCCCCCUGACAAGGGCCCCGGGGCCCCACAGCACCACUGAACUGUGCUCCAGCUCUGCAGGCCCACACCAAACCGCGCCUUGUUCCUCCUCUUCUCGUAGUCCUGCCUCAGUCUCUGCCCUGAUGAAAGGGUUCUCCUCUCAAACGGAUUUAAAUAAGUCAAGCUACACAUACACACCCAUGUAUGUGAUCCAGAUUCAUACACCCUCAGUGCACACAUUAUUAUUUAAGUUACCCCGGUUAACUGACAAAGAUUUUACAACCUCUAGAAUUUUUUUCUUGAACAGUUUCUUAGGAAAUCAAAAUGAUUUCUGUGCGAGUUCUUGAUCUGUACAUUGAUGGGUGUAAAGUAUCUCCUUUUCAUCAAAAGCUGCUGAUGGAGGUCGACAUAUGUAUUACCUGGACUUCAUGGAUCAUCAUUGAACUUUCCUCUUUAUGUCAAGUUGUGGUUGCACAUAGAUCAGGACUCUCUGUGCAGUUCCUCCCCAUAGCAAUACUCAACCUGUCCUCCUAGUUAUACUGUCGAGCCUGGCCUCCGCAGCAAUGUUUGAUGAAUGUUGUAACUGGUUCGACCUUAGCCUUUCUCUGUCCCAAGGCCAAGGUGGAGAGGGAUCACAGCAGUAGUGCAAGAUGCAGUGCCAUAAGUUACAGUAAGAAGGGGGGGAGGAAUUUUUGUAGGGGAAAUUGGAAAACAGGUUUUGUAAACGGUUAAUUGAGAUUCACAUCAUGGUUAAAUGGUGCUUUCCAUUCCAGUGCAUACAAUAUUUCUUAGUUUUUCUUUUCCAUUUGAUUAUCAGAAGUAUAAUAUUACAAAAGCAACAAUGUAUUGCAUCAGCCUGGCUUUUCUACAAUGAAUUUGAGGUUUGACUUCAUAUGUUGUGGUCAAGAAACCCAAAUUAUGCAGGACAUGCACCCUCACAAGCACACACUCAAAUGGUCACUGAUUUACUCACUGUGAUCAGUUCAACCUCAGCUUUCAGAACUUGUUGGUCAACGGAUGCUUUUAGAUAACAGAUGACUGUCAAAUACUGCCACUGUGAGGGGCCAGACACACGGCCCCAUCAGGAUUUACCCCACUUCCCUUCGCUGCUGUCGAAACGAUACGGGUUACCAUGUGAAAGGUCAUUUGACACACACACACACACACACAGUAUAAACACACACUUGGGACCUUUUUCAUCACAGUUCUUAACAGGCAAUUAUGCAUAUUCCUCUCAGCCUAUAUUCCACGGUUUGGUGCGGGGCGUCGUUGUAAUGUAAGGGUUUGUUUUAUGACUUUUCAUCGUACUGAUUGAUCCACACAGGCGUGUCUAAACCUGUUGAAUGUUGCCUACGCAGAAUGAUGGCUGAUGACUCAUUUAUAUGUUUUUUUUUCAAUGUUCUCUGCUCAGUUUUAAGCUAAUGUAGAUAUACUGUUGUUAGCACAUGAUAGGAAAUGUCAGGAUAAAAGGCAGUCGUCAUACAACUUCUAAUACUUCUUGUAUAGAUAAGCAUACAUGUGAUCAAAUCAGCGUAAGAAAUUACAUGAAUUAAUGUAAUAGCCGAUGGUGUGAAUGUUAUUUGUUUAAAAUGAGCAUAAAGGGUUUGAGUUGCGUGGUUGUUGGCCCUUCACCCAGUCUGAUAGCUAUCAGAUGUGUGUGUGUGAGCGUAUGUGUGCAUGCAUUACCAGUCUGUCUGUCUGGUGGUCCCCAGUGCUCUUUUACCAAAAGCUGCUUUUACAAAGUGUGCCCCAAUAUAUGUGUAUUUGGGGAUACCUGAGACGGACAAUAGCAGUAAAUUGAACAUGAUCCUCGUUCUACCACUCUGAACAGUAUUCAGUCUGAAGUGGUUAAGCUCCGUAGUUUAGGAUGUCCCCUUUUUUUUUAUUUGAGACCUGCAAUUAUCCUGCCAUUUCUGUGGGUCUUAAUACGGCUUUGCUUCUCAUCCUGUCCCCUCGGGUUCACUGCUGUGCUUCACGUUGUUGCAGUAUGGAUCUUUGUCUUGUUUGUUUUUUAUUUUUAAGCCUUUUCAUUUGUGUGUAUUCUCUGCACUUUACUGCUGCGUGGGUGAGGCGCAGGGAAGGGAGGGACUGACAAUGCAUUGUGGAACAGAGUGCAGUUGUGGCUGCAUGGGAAAGGGUGGAGGUGAUUAUUUCGAGUGGAUGUUUUUAGGCAAGGAAAGGAGGAGAAACCCGGGUGGAGGCGGUUAGUGUGGACGGGACCAUAGCAAACUGAAGGACACGUCUUUUAGUAUGUGCAGAAAUUUAUUUCCUAUUUGUUUUAAAGAAAAAGCUCCAAUAUGGACCUCCCCUCAAAGUGAAAGCGGUGUUCCUCCUGCUUCGGCGACUUCACACUAGCCCCUCCAAGCUAUGGCUGAUAUACAUCCUUCUGUUAAUGUUCGUUCAUGGAGCUUCUCUCCGCCAUUAUGUCUCUCAGUUUGUCGAAUGAUUCUCCUCCUCCUUUCUUUGUUAUAUAGAAUGCACUUUCUACUAAAAUCCUUGGCUAGUUAAGAAAAAAUAACAUUGUAUAUUCUUUAAAGAUGUUUUAAAAAAAUCAAUAUACUUUUUUUCCCCUUUGUAUUUUUAACCACUUAAUGUAGCAUUGCGUAUUUUAUUAUUGUAUCUGGUACAAAAUGUGCAGCUUUAUAAUGUCCUGGUUUGUUCCCUUUUUUUGUACGUUAUCUGGAGAUUGAGGAGAAGUGAAAAAGUUGGGCCUUUUUUGAUAAUGUACAUUUAACUGACUGCUAACUUUGAGAAGUAAAGACAAGUAGCCAUGAUUAUCACA